AUGUCCACCGAAGACGCCCGCUACCGCACUUCUACUCAAUAUCGGCACUGGUCAUAUACACCCUCCGCACUCCGCUCCUUGCGCGAAAGCACAAAUGCCCUAGCCACAGCGCAAGUUCGAGAUGCCGUUCGACGCGCCCGGGAAGCCAGGGCUGCAUCCUCAAAUGAUAACAGUGAAGCGGAGAAUAGCAGGUCGGCUAGCACUGCUUUGCCAGAGGGCGACGUGGAUUGUUUGACCGUAGAUGAGGAAUUGAAGUUGAUGGACUAUUAUUGUAGGCAGACGCUACAAUUGGGGGAUCAUUUGGGUGUGCCGAUUGAAGUUAAGGUGUGUUUUUCUCACUUGAAAGUUUUCCAAGUCUUUCAGAAGGACUCGAUUGAUGCCGGUCUUAUCUCGUGAAACAGGCCAGUUUUUCCAAUGGGACACGGUAGAUGUCUGGCAAAUCGCAACCUAUCUUUGUUCAAAUAUCUCUAACGUUCUUCUUAAUUACAGGCCACCGCAAUCCAAUACAUCCGCCGAUUCUAUAUAAGCCACAGCCUAAUGACCUAUUCCCCUACUACUAUCCUGAAAACCGCCCUCUUCUUCUCAACUAAAACCGAAAAUCACUAUUUCCGUAUCACCAGAUUCGCCAGCGACAUCGGCAAAACCACGACCGAAGAAAUCCUCUCCUCAGAAUUUCUCCUCACUCAAGGAAUUCGCUUCCAAUUCGACAUCCGACACCCCUACCGCGGUCUUGAAGGAGCCAUCAUGGAACUCCUCUCCAUCUCUACCAACAAGAUCCCCGUACCGCCCGAAUUGGAACCGCAACGACCCGCCAACAUGCAAACACUAGUAUUAGAAAGCCACGGACUCGCACGCCGAUAUCUCAAGACCAGCGCUCUACUAUGCGAUGCCUAUUUCCACUACACCCCCUCCCAAAUAAUGUUCGCAUCCCUCUACCUCGCUUCCGCCCCCUUAGCAACAUUCUACCUCGCCCUUAAAUCCUAUAACCCCGCCGAUACGAACACCGCGGCAUCAACAUCAACCCACCAAAAACUCCUAACAUUAAUAAAGAACCUCGCUCAAAUCUUAUCCUCGAUCCCCGAAGAACAAACUCCCGAACAGAGACAAGAGAUCCAAGCCCUAGUUAAGAAAUUAAAGAAAUGUCGAAACCCCGAAAAAGCAGAUUUAGUCGGGUUACAGAGGAUGAAACGGGAAGGAGUAGAUGGGAAAGAAGGAGGUGAAGAAGAUGAGAAGGUUAUUAAAAAGAGAAAGAUGGAACGUGAACAGAGAUUAAAAGAAGAGCGGGAUUUAUUUGGAGGGAGUUUGAAAGGAUGAUUUGGCGGUGCGGAAAUACUAUAAUGGGGUGGAUGGGUUUAUACAAAAGUGUGGUAUGGUCGGCGUUAUACAGGCUGGGCGACGGACUGGAUCAGAGCGCAUGGAGCUGGGGAUUUUAUUGACGAUUUAAAUUGAUAUGUAUCAUCACUGUUCAUAAGGGCACAUUUAUGAUGAUUAAUGCUAAGAGCAAAGAACAACAGCAUAUCAACAUUGAAAAGGAAAUUUUCAUUCAUUGGUCCUGUUAAACUAUGUCCUCUAGCUGUUAUUCUCCCUGGUAUCCUCAUGUAUAUGUAUCCCGUCUGCUUUGGUAAAAGCAGCCCAUAUCUGAUAUUUUG